AUGGCCUUCAUAAAGGAUACUACAUACUCCAGAGUUAAACUUAAUUUCAUGCAGAUACAAAAAGACUUUGCAGACGUUUUGUUAAGCUUCCUGACAUUGCCGUUUGAAAAUUUGCGAAAAAUCCUCGUGGAACAUUAUGGAGACAGCAGACCUAUAGUUGGGAAAUUAACCACAUUAUACAAUGGCUUAGUAUAUUUCAAUUUUAUCCAUUACCAGAUAGAGUCUCAUACACACAUGUUGCUAAACCAAGAAUUGUGUUUUGAGACCAAACGUCUUAUUUCAUAUUUUACAUUUCGUGGAAGGUUCGUGUUUGGAUUAUGUUACAUAUUUUUUGCGAGGCGUGCUCCUGUCACGGACUCUUCUGACUGA